AUGGCCUCUGGAGCCCCAGAGCAGAGCGGCCAGAUGGCAGAGGAGACGCCCGGCUUCCUGGACGAGUUUCUCCGCGACUUCCCGGCCCCGCUGAGCGCGGAGAGCACUUUGCUGUGGAAGAUCCCGGGGACGGUGCUGAGCCAGGAGGAGGUGGAGGGCGAGCUGGCCGAGCUGGCCGUGGGCUUCCUGAGCAGCAGGAACGCCCCGCCGCCCCUGGCUGCAUCGCUGGCCCACGAAGCCGUUUCCCAGCUGCUGCGGACGGACCUUUCCGAGUUCAGGAAGCUGCCCAGGCAGGAGGAGGAGGACGGCGAGGAAGCGGAGGAGGAAAAGGCCGCUGUGACCCUGCUGGAUGCCAAGGGCCUGGCGCUGAGCUUCUUCAACCGGCUCUGGGACGUCUGCAGCCAGUGGCAGAAGCAGGUGCCCCCGGCUGCCCGGGCUCCGCAGCGGCAGCGGCUGGUCUCCGUUCACGCCAUCCGGAACACUCGCCGCAGGAUGGAGGACCGGCACGUGUGCCUUCCUGCCUUCAACCAGCUCUUCGGCCUGACCGACCCCGUGGAUCGCGCCUACUUUGCGGUGUUUGACGGCCACGGCGGAGUGGAUGCCGCGAGGUACGCCGCCGUGCACGUCCACGCCAACGCCGCCCGCCAGCCGGAGCUGCCCACGCACCCCGCGGGCGCCCUCAGAGCGGCUUUCCGGCGCACCGACGAGAUGUUCCUCUGGAAGGCCAAGCGAGAGCGACUGCAGAGUGGAACCACGGGCGUGUGUGCACUCAUCGCGGGAAAGACCCUGCACAUCGCCUGGCUGGGGGACUCGCAGGUCAUCCUGGUGCAGCAGGGACAGGCGGUGAAGAUGAUGGAGCCACAUAAACCCGAGCGACAGGACGAGAAGGAGCGCAUCGAAGCGUUGGGCGGCUUCGUGUCGUACGUGGACUGCUGGCGAGUCAACGGGACCCUGGCCGUCUCCAGGGCCAUCGGGGAUGUCCUCCAGAAGCCCUAUGUGUCCGGAGAGGCCGACGUGGCCUCCCGGGAGCUGACCGGCUCCGAGGACUACCUGCUGCUGGCUUGUGACGGCUUCUUUGACGUGGUCUCCCCCCAGGAGGUGGCCGGCCUGGUGCACAGCCACCUGGCCAGGCAGCAGGGCAGCGGGCUGCAUGUCGCCGAGGAGCUGGUGGCCGCAGCCAGGGAGCGGGGCUCCCACGACAACAUCACGGUCAUGGUGGUCUUCCUCAGGGACCCCCGAGACCUGCUGGAGGGGUGUGCCCAGGGGGCCGGGGAGUCCCAGGCUGACGGGAGAAGCCAGGACGUGCCCUCUGCCCUCUCGGAGCCAGAGAACAACACCCCGUGGAGAAGCUAA